AGUAGUAUUUCGUAGUCUGUGUUUUGUAGUCUUGUGCUUUGAACGGAGCGUAGGGAUAGAGAAUAUUUUUUUGAAUAAAUAAAUGCAAUAGGAACACUUACGGCAACAUAACUUGUAGGAAAUAUCGCUUUCACCACGCAGUUCUUAAAACGUUUUGCGAGUGCGAUCAUGGUGCAGAAGGGUCCUCGUCCUUUAGUGCUGUGCGGACCAUCGGGGUCUGGAAAAAGUACACUGUUGAAGCGCCUGCUUAAAGAAUUCCCGGAUAAAUUUGGAUUCAGUAUUUCGCACACAACUCGCGGCCCUCGCCCGGGUGAAAAAGAUGGUGUACACUACCAUUUUACAACAAGAGAUGAAAUGAUAAAAGCUAUUGAUAGGGGUGAGUUCUUAGAAACAGCAACAUUCAGUGGAAACUUAUAUGGAACCAGCAAACGUGCAGUAGAUGCAGUCCGUUUCAGUGGCAAGAUGUGUAUCUUAGAUAUAGAGAUAGAAGGAGUUAAACAAGUGAAGCAUACGGACUUGAACCCUCUGCUUGUGUUUGUGAUGCCACCAUCACUAGCGGAACUUGAGAGACGGUUGCGCGCACGCAACACAGAGAAUGAGGAAACCUUGAAGAAGAGGCUUGAAACUGCCAAAAGAGAGAUUGAGUAUGGAAAUGAACCUGGUAACUUUCACAUUGUGAUCCUCAAUGACAACUUAGACAAAGCAUAUUGUGAGCUGCGUGAGUUCAUUUCACGCAAUAUGGAGGAAAAGGAGGAAGAACACGCAAAACUGGAGAAUACAAUGCCAGAUGGACCAACAAAAAGUGAAGAGUGAAUUUGCAUGGAGCAUGAUUAUGUCGUAGUUGCUUUUCUUGUCACUGUUAUAGGACUCAGGGGCGAUAAGAAAUUAAACGACACAAGUAUAUCAACACACUUCAAAUUAGGAAUUCAUUAUUAUAAAUUAUCAUUUUCUUCAUUCAACCUGGUCCAAAAGGGUCAAUGAAAAACUCUGUUCGUCUAAAGAUCCCUACAGGUUUGCUCGAUUUUUUGACGAUCGACACAUGUGAUUAAACAAAACGAGCAAAUGUGUAAGCAACAGAUGAUGGGCAACAAUUUUUUUGACGAUCGACACUGAAAUAUAAUGAGGCGUAGGUGCCUACGACUUUGUUCGUUUGUAACAUUGAUAUUUAUCGAUCUCUAACAAGCGAUAUUAUUGAUCGUCAAAUACUUCAUAUCGAGCGAGAGUAACGAUCGUCAAAAAUCUAGCAAAUCUGUAGACAUCUUUGAAAAUAAUGUGGUUAUGGUUAAAGUGGCAUUUGUUGUUGUGUAGCUAAACUAUGAAUAUGUUCCACGCCUAUAACAAAUCGUAAUUUCAAUUUUGAAAUUGGCCAUAAUUUCAAUCGCAGUGUUUCAGCGUAUUGCUUAACAAUACGUGAUUAAAAGUGGAUAAUUACGUCAUUUUUAAGAGCCCCUGAGUCGACGUUACAUGAAUGUUAGAUUUAAAUGUAUUGAUGUUAGAAUAAGUUUAAUUGCCAUACAAAUGCCCCAUGUGUAGAAAUUUGAAAAAUUGUUUUAUAUAAUGUAUUGGUAAUUAACAAAAAAAAACUACCUCGAAUAUUACGUGAGAUAACAGUAUUGUAUUGCCAUUAAAUGGCGUUAAUUGUCCACGUUGUUCACAUAAUUGUGAAUUUUUUAUUUCACAUUUCAAUAUUAUGCCUCUAAUAUACAAAAAAAUACGAACUUUAUUGUAACGGAUUACUGAGUGGUCAAUAUACAACUGAUGAAAAUCCGCUACAGAUUUUGACGCCACAAUGCUCAAUUGUUUGGUACUUUACGAAUCACUCUUUUUAAAAUGUCCGAUUUAAAUUUUAUGGAGUAAUUUUACAAACACACAGAUAAAGUCAUACAAAAUAUCAGAAUAGUUAUUUGGAAAUUAUAACUUUAUUUGACUUUAUUCAAACUUGACGUGUGGCUGAAUGUAUUCAAUGCGCUUAGCAUGCAUAGAUAAGGAUCGGACCCCACUUGUCACCAUGCUUCAGCAUUGUGUCCAUACUACAUUGAGUGUUAUAUUUACGAGUCAGCAAGCAAAGCUAAUCCGCUAUGGAUGUUGUGCAAUUCGUGUUGCUCUAAUUGCGUCGAUUUGCCUGAAUAUUGCAUCAUAUAUGUGUGCAUAACUAAGACUUAUUACUUACUUAGAUAUAUAUAGAUAUUAUUAACGUAUUUAUAUUCCUAUUUUUUCUGUAUAUAUUUUUUGUGUACCAAGCGCAACUGUCACGUCUUUAUAAUGCAUCAUUAUUAUGAUCUUCAUUUUAAGAAUCUUGGUAGUUUAGAUAUAGUGGUAUUGUUCGUGCGUACUAGAAGAAUCUCUAUUGUCUUUAGAGUAUAUGUCCAUGUAGAGGCAGUAGUAACAUUUAUUUCAAAUUAAAUCAUUUUAAUUAACUUGUAUUUUUGACAUAUAUAAAUAGGUUUGAAAUGCUAGCUUUUGGACUGGCUAAAAGCUGGCCUUUUAAAUUUUACAAGUCUAUCAUCAAGAGCUAACUAAUAUGCAAUUAAUGAAUAUUAUUUGUACAGCACUCAUACAUUCCAUUAUUCUUGUGUUAGACCAAUUUAUUAUUAUAGUGCCAAAUCGAAUCUGCCUUGCCUUUUCCUAUCUAGGCUGCAAAUCGUCUUCUAGUGAAUACCUCGUAUAUACCUAUAACCUUCCUAUAACUAUUUUUCUGAUUUAAAUUGCGGUCACAGUCAACCGUGACCAUGAGAUCUGUGAAGCGCCCGAAACGUUGGUUUGUUUGAAAAAACAAAUAUACGCGAUUUAAACCCGGAAAAAUAGUUUCAUUUCCUAUGUUAACAUUUUUAUUGAUUAAGUAGAGCAAAGAAAUAAUACUUUUAAUAAAUUAAGAUUUAUUUUUAUGUCACACUAACACCGGUAAGAAGGUCCAUUACUUUAAAAAUAGGUCCUUACGCGCUUUAACAAUAUCACACAAAUGAUAUUGGUUUACAUCAUACAAUAGUUUCCGCCGCUAUUUUUAAAUUUUGUGACACCAAAGGAAAUAUUUUACUUACCUCAGAGAUUAUGUUAAUCAUUCCAUUCCUGCAUCCUGCGCUGUAGAAACCUUUGUAUUAUUAACUAUGCAGUUAAUUCGUAACAUAAUAACAGCUAACAUAUUUCAAAUUGCAUUUACGACUUAAAGAUAAAUUUUAAAUAAAUUACUUUUAUUGAUGCCAUGAGCUUUUUUAUCUCAAAAAAUGGCAUCACUUUAAGGGUCCAAAUGUAGCAGUUGAUCAGCCUAGUUUCGAUCAAUUCAUUUCUAAAUUAGCUUUGGUUAAAUUAUCAUAGUAAUAUGCAAGAGUGUUACUUUAUAACGUAGCGUAGUAUGCAAGAGUGUUACUUUAUAACGUAGCGUAGUACGUUUCCCCGACUAUUUUUUAUCUAUCCAAAGCACAAUUAGAUUUCACAGCUUAUAAAUAAUUUGGAAGCUAUUAAUGUUAGUGUAUAUUAGCUUAAUGUAAUUAGAGUCAUCAGAUUCAAUUGUUUUAAAGCUUUAGAAAAUUCGUUUAAUAAUGUUAAAUAGUAGUUUCAAAGUCAGUUUGACACACUAAUAUGAAGAAGCUUAAUUGUAAAUAAGUUUCCUAUGUCAAAAUGAAUGAAGAUGUAAACGGUAUCCCCAAAAUAAAUGAACAUUUAAACGGUUUCAUUCUCCAAAAUAACUUUGGAAAUGUAGGAUACGUAAUUGUGACAGUUUUAAGCUAUAUAAAUCGUACAUAAACUUGUUAUGUUGUAUUCAUACGUUAUAACGCUUCGCACACGCCCUUUUCUCAUCGGGGUAGGCAGAAACCACUUCAACAGAGCUUUCAACUUGCUACGCACACCUUUAGCCUCUUCAACAAUCAUUAAUGCUUUCAUACUCGCUUCUCGGUUGUUACUUAGUCACAUAAGGUGUUGAGAAAGCGUCCAGUAAUAUUUUAGACUAUAAAAGGGUCUAUCGUAUCUACUGAUACAUUUUAUUGCGAAAUAUUAAAAAAAGGUUCCUUCCACCUUAUAUUAUCUACCCUAAUAUUGUGUAUUAAAGGCAGGUUGGUAUGGAAAGUUCAAAAAUUUGUUUCAAAUUAAAUUGUCUGGCUUGAGUUAUUCAAUGUCAUAGAUACUUUGGUAUAGUGUUACUGGACCGCGGUAGCAUAAAGAACUACUAGGACCUUUUUGUCCCAGUGCAGUGGUUCUACAUAUAAUAGGACUACUCAAUAGAACUAGUGGAAACGAAGGGCAUCCCGUAGGCUCAGUUUGAAGUAACUGGAUCGUAUUUUUCUACUUAAUUGUUUCGUAAUCUCAAAAAAUUAAUAACUAACUAUGAUUUAUUUUUAUUUUUGUAGCUUUACGAGGACUGUAAGAGGUGUGCGGAAGGAAAAGUUUAAUUUAAUAUCUCUUAUAAAUUAGUAAGAAAAUGCAAUGUUACAAAGCUUAUUGUACAACAAUAAUUGUUUACAUCUUUUCAGUCAUUUUUCAUUGUGGAAUAAGUAUGUCUCAAAUCCAUUCCAUGAAAAGUAUUGCAAAAUAAACUGAUUAUACUAAUGCAUAAUGUAUUUGCAAUAAUAUUGUGUGAUUAUAAUGUAUCGUAAUUCAGUUUGACUACUGUGAUUAAUUUUUAUAAUAAAAAGCUAUAUUUGCAAUCAAGUAACUAAAUAGGUAGGUACAGUCAAUAUCAAAAUGAUGAGCAAAAUGAGUGAUCAAAAAUAUACACCUGUGAAACUAUAUGAACAUUUGGUCAAAAUCAACCUUAACGCAGUAAUUAGUUGCAAUUGUUUUCGGACGAAUUUAAAUUUUAUUUAACA